AUGCAUAUUACAACAGUACAAGACAGAGACAGAGACAGAGACAAAGACAGAAACAGAAAGAUGCAGAGAGGUGAUCCAUGUAUUGGGAGAUGCAGACAGUCAGAACAUCAGAGUACUAGCUAUGGCUGGGAUAUGGGCAGGGUGUUUCUUAAAAUUAUAUAUACAAACGAGAUAGACCGGUUGUCCCCAUUGGGACUGUUGUGGUGGUUGAAGUUGAAGAAGUUUUUAAGAGGAAAAAUUGAAGAUUUGAGAUUAAGAAUGAAGAUUUGUGAGAACUUGUGUAGGUUUUGUUUAUUGAGAAAAGAUUUGGUAUCAAAGUUUGACGAGGUUCCUACACUGAACUACUACUGCUAUUUAUAUUAUUCUGGAUCGGGAAAAUUAUAUGACUGGGGUCAGUCCCAAUGA